GGUGGCCACAUUUUGUAGAUAUUUCCGGACGCAUUCGUAGAAACUUUAUGUUCAAUAAAAAGGGUUCUAAAAUAAUUGAGACUAGAACAAGAUGAAUAUGUUUCAAACAUUCCUCGGAUCAAUUCCCUCGAACCGUUCAGAGAUAGUGAACGACCUGGAAAUCCCUGAAAUACCGCUGACCCCAUACAUGUGGGAGCCAGACCCUAUCAGCGACAGUUCACUGGAAACAGUUACGUCAGUUGCUGAAGAGUACGAUGCUAGGAGCCUUAGCACGGAUUCUAGUGUCCCGCUGUCGAGGGCCAUGACUGGUUCGGAGUUCGACUAUGAUUGGUAUACACGGUACAAGCGGCUGGAUUUAAGCGAUCCCUGGGAGCAGAUGAGGAUCGGUUGGGCCGCGUUUCCACCCGAGCAUAUCGCCACACUUAACAGCCUCAGUCUCCAGUCGACCACGGACACAAUGGACAGCCCUCCCCCCUCCAUUCCCUUCGAGCCGUUUCCGAGCCAAGAGUUCUUGCGGAAGAUAGACCGGUUCUUGGAGGACGAGUGCUGUGUCUUCGGCCCUGAUGACCCGGCGAUACUGGCGCUUGAAGAAGGGCUAAAGGACGUAGACCUAGAUAAUCUUUAUUCAUAUCAGGACGUCAUACUAUACUCGUAAAUGCACUGGAACACACGGUGUCUGAUGGAAUGACGAAUUUAUUUCUAAGUCCUAAGAAGACUGCUGGUGUCACAGGAUAAUUCAUAAAAAUAAAAACAAUUUCAUGUGUAAAAUGUACUUUUAAUGGGAAUGAUUUCCAACAUCACAACAACUGUAUGUUAUUCUAAUUCAUGUACUUAAAACUUGUCAUCACGUCUGUAAUAGUGUUACAAGGAAGAAAUUAUGCCCGCAAAAUGUUUAACGUUAACAAUUUUAGUUAUAUCGCGAUGUAUGUUUAGUUAAGUUCUAAGUUUUUAUGGCAUCUGUCAAUUGGGACAAUUUAUUUCUUAUUUAAAGUGUACCACAUUAUAUGGACAAUGCCUUGUGACAGUUAACAUUAUAGUCGCACCAAUAAAAGUCUGCAGCGGAUUUGAUAGCCCACGCAGUGGAAGUGUUAUUUAUACGUCACAGUUUCAUAGAAGUUUGACGAUUAAAAUGACGCUUGCACUGCGUGGGCUAUCAAAAUCGCUGCAGACUUUUUACGUUCUAACUCUAUCAUCAUUUGCAAAUGACUCAAUAUUAGGUUACGUAUAACAUUUUGCUGACGAUACAAUAAUAGAAAAAUAACUAUACAUAAUUAUAUAACUAAUCAUAAUAUUGCACUUACAAUAAUUUGGAAUAAAAUGAGAUUCAAAGUACAUAUAUCCGUUUUAGUUUGAUUAAAUGUCUGCACAUAUACGUAAUAAUUUAUUUAUUAUUAAUAACACAACGCGGUGAGAUUCAAGGCAAUACAAUUUUGAUCGUUGGAAGUGUUAUGGAAGGUUCAGUUCACUGCUAAUACAUUUAUUCGAUUCAUCAAAUAACACAUUUAUUUGUUUUGUUUAAAAAGUUAGUAUCGAUACCUAGGGCCGAUCAUACGAAGCCUCUCGUCCUAUUAGUUUGUUCGUUAAAAUUUGUAAAGUUUGACAGUUUCUUCUGCAGCUGCCGCCGCCAUUUAUAACGUUAAUCAGUUAAUUGUUGUUAAUUGUGCGUAAUGCAAUACGCUCAAAAUUAAGUUAAUGUUUCAUCAAUAACAGUAUUGUAUGUUAUUUUUAAUAUGUCUUUUUGUACAAUAAAGACUUUAUUUACUACUACUACUACAGUGUUAAUUUACAAAAGAUAAGAAUAAUCUUUCUGCUAAAUAGCUUACCACCAAACCAAUUAACAAACAUAUAAAAUUAAUUGAGCCUAUGUUAGUAAACAAAGACGUAUUAGAGUAACUUCUUUUCAGUCAAUAAAUAUAUAGAUGUUUAUAUGUAGUAACAGUGAACAAAACCUGUACCUAAUGCUCGUGUAGUGAUAAUAAUUCUAACUACUGUAUCUAUUGUAAACGGCAGACAUAAGUAGUAGGACACAGAAAGCACGCUAUUGUAGUUACAAUGUCGGCAGAUUAUGCUUACAUUAUGAUUUAUUCCCGUUGAGACCACAGCUGUAAAUAUCACGGUGACAGCGUCUUUCCCUUUCUAACAUAUCUUUAAUAAAAGGGACGGGUGCUUAACACCGUGAUAUACAGUCUAAAACGUACUUAAGCAACCAAUUAUCAACUAUAUUGCAUUCAUUUUAAAGUCUAAAAUCGGUUUCUUAAGCCGUAGCUUCCAAACAGUUCACGAGUAUCAGAAGUGGGAUCGUCCCCGUUUCACUAACCUAGUCUUAUACUUACUUAUGAUAUAAAAAAUAUUGCCAAUUAUAAAUUUGGUAUUCUAGACCGAUGUUCAAUUACAUGAAACAACCGGCAUGCGUCAUAGUAAAAAGAGGAGUCAUCAGGUACAAGCAGCAAAGUUCCUAAAAAGUAUCCUCAACAAUAUCGCUGAGGAUCUACGAGAAAAUGCUUUUUCUUCAAUAAUUGGACGACUUUUCCCUUUUCACUACGACAAUAUUAACAGCAAAGUAAAUUUAACGUUCGCUGCCUAUAUCAUGGACGUGCUUCCAGACGAAAAGGCGACCUUAGCCUAAGAUAAUACUUUAAUAUAAAGUAAAUAAUACCGAGUUUUAAGUAGCAUUCAAAUAAAUUUAGGCUUUUUAAUCUUUUGAACGCCAAGAACACCUAAAAGGCGUCGUAACGUCGUCGUACGCUGUGAAAGUAACCUUCACACAUCCAAGUAUGGUUCACAUUAGCUCGCUUGCGCUCAGCACCCUGGCGUGUGAGGGUCGUUUUAGUUUAUUCCGUAAAGCGUUCAAAAGAUCAAUGUGUAACCACAAUUUUAAAUAACCAGUAUUUGAACGCGGCUUAAAAGUUAAUCGUUUCAUAUAUCAGCAUGGAAUAACCGUCGAAAGCACAUAUUUCUGUGCACAUACUUUACGGAUAAGAAGCAGAACAACAUGAAUUCGCAUUGGCAAUUCCUCGUGCUUCCAACUAUGGGUAUUUGGCCCGCUAAAUG